GACUUCUCUUACUCUCUCAUAAAAACCCAUAUACACACACGCACACACACACGGAUAUACCCACUACAUGACAAGUAGCACUGUUUGCUUUUUCAAAAGAUACAGGUUUCCUAGCCUCGUUCACGUGAAAAGACCGCCGUGGAAGGUUGUUUUAGUGGAAUACGCGGCUAUACCACGGCCGAUUGCAGUGCAAGGCCCAGCGCACCAGACGACGCACAACCGCCAUCUAUCAUCAGCGUCACCCCGGUCGACGUGGCAACUCGGACCGUUUUCGAGGCUUUCACAGUUUCAGGCAUCUCCAUCCGUCGUGGAGCAAGACAGAAUGGCAGACCAGCACACGGAGACCGCGGCUGUUGCUGUCGAUGACAAGACGCAGAGGCGCGGAGGAGGAGGUGGGCGCAGAGGCGGGAGGGGUGGUGGUGGCGGGGGACAGCCGCGGGAGGUGUUGGUUUCUAAGGCACUUUCAAAGCUUCUGAGACACCAGGCCGAGAACGCUGGGUUGAAGCUUGAUGACGGCGGAUAUGCGCCGCUGGACAAAGUGCUCUCCUACGGCCCUAUCCGCUCGCUGCAGGUGACCUUCUCCGACAUCCAAGCCGCCGUCAGCACGUCGGACAAGCAGCGCUUCGCCCUCAAAGUCAACGAGGCGACGAACCCGUCGCUGGACGAGACCUCGACGGAGCCCUUGCACUGGCUGAUCCGCGCGAACCAGGGCCACAGCAUCAAGCUCGACUCGGCGGCGUUGCUGACGCCCAUCACGCUCGAUGCGGGCAACGUGCCCGAGAUCGUGGUGCACGGCACGUACUUUGCCUUCUGGCGGGCCAUCGAGGAGUCGGGUGGGCUGAGUAGAAUGGGGCGGAACCACGUGCACUUCGCGACAGGGCUGCCGGGGGAUGAGAGGGGCGUCGUAAGCGGCAUGAGGAGGGAUGCCGAAGUGCUGGUGUACGUCGACGUCGAGAGGGCGCUGAGAGAGGAGGAAGAGAUGCGAUGGUGGGUCAGCGAGAACGGCGUCGUGCUGACGGAAGGGGACGCGGAGGGGAGGGUGCCCACGAGGUUGUUCCGCGAGGUGCGCGCGAGGGACGAGGCGGCGGGCGUGGGCGUGUUGUGGAGGGAUGGGGAGAAGGUCGGCGAGCUGCCCGAGGGGCUGAGGAUGAGAGCGCCGCCGGGCAAGGGGAGGGGUGGCGGGCGUGGCGGGCGUGGCGGUCGCGGUGGCCAGAGGGGUGGGAGGGCGUAAGGCUAUGCGGAGGCCGUGAAGUGAAGAUGAGAUAUGAGGGAAGAACACAUCUCUUUUCGCCCGCGUACGCAUGUCUCUAUGUACAAGGGGUCAUUACACAGAUACAGAGCCGGGCAGGUUCGAUAAGAUUGCCUUACUAGGACCAAGGCUGAAGUCGAUUCGCAUCUGCCUCAAGAGUUCCUGAUCCAUCAUGACGAAUAAAUGCAGCUUAUGAGGAUCCGCAAAGCAUCUUGCCACUCUC